CAGAAGACAAAUGGCGGACAAGAAAUCGAUUGAAAUCAGAAAAUUACGUAAAAAACUUCGUCAAAUUGAGCAUUUGGAGCAGGUGGAACGUGAUUUAACUGAAGAGGAAUAUUCAAAGGUACUCACAAAGAACACGGUUCGAAAAGAACUCCAAAUACUUGUUGCAGAGCGCGAGAAAGAACAAAAAUAUGCCCAAAAGAUGGCCAAAAAUGAACAGAAUAAAAUAACUACUGAGUCAGGCAGCGACGGACAAGAAUCAAAAGAGGUCUCUGAAAGAAAUGGCGAUGAAAACACGGUCGAAAGUGACGAGAAUCGGCCGCCAUCUUCUGUAGURAACGAUUCUCACGUUACGUCUUCUUCAUCCACUGACACAACACUGUCAACGAGAAGUUCAGAAACACAAGAAAGGAAAACUCUUUCAUCACCGUCACCUUCAGCUGAAACAAAUUCAUCAUUAUCAUCACAAUCACCAUCAUCACUAUCUUCAUCUCCAUCAWCAUCAACAUCAACUGUACCCAAAACAUCGCCGUCAUCAUCCAUUGUUAAGACCACUAAAAUAACCAAUCAAAAGUCCUCCACAUCCUCUUCACAAAAGCACAAAGAAUGGGUUGAUGCCACGUUUAGUGUCCAGUGGCUUGAGGGUCAUAAUGACCUAGUGUUGGAUGUGGAUUGCGAUGACGUUGUGGCUAUCUCUGGAAGUCGUGAUACGACACUGAAAUUAUGGGAUGCCGAUACUGGUCGUGAAUUACGCAGCAUGGGAGGGCAUACGGGAAGUGUGACGUCAGUCAAGCUUAUACCUUAUAUAGACAUUACUUUGGAUGAUGAAGAGCUUUCUCUGACCAAAGCCUUCAACCACAUGGCUAUAACUGGAUCUAAAGACUGUUCAAUUAGACUCUGGUCGCUAGGUGACGGGCAAAUGCGUCGAUCCAUCUACGCGUAUUCCUCUAUAGAAUGUCUUGAUUACAACAAGAAGAACAUUGCCUCUGGUUCAGUUUCAAGACGAUGGUCGUGUGGUCAGCGGCUCAACAACAGGAGUCGUCAAAGUCUGGGACAUCCGGGACUCGUCCUURAGUCCRAUUUUUGACUCGACAAAAUCCGACUUGGUUUACAAAAAGAGACAAAUACGAUCGUUAACAGCUAAAGGAGACAAUAUAUACUGGGGAGACGAUGGGGCGAAUAUUAAGGUCCUAGAGCUGGCCUCAGGAAAACUUCGUAAAAUUCGUAACCAUGAGAAUGAUUUUGGAUCGACUAAUGCCAUGACAACCACUGGAUCUUGUUUGAUAAGCGCAGGAUAUGAUAUUGAUAAAGGAAAUGGAUAUAUGAAUGUUCGCAGUUUACCAGAUGAAGGAUACCUUGCCACUAUCAACGAUAACAAUACCGGUUGUAUAACCUGUUUAUCCUGUUCUCAAGUCAAGAGAGAAGGUCAGACGUUCAACAGGAUAUGUACGGGCGGGUCAGACUUGAAACUCUGGAAUCAGAUCUCGUCCAAAGCCAAGAAAAGAACACGGUCUGAGUCCGAUGAUGGUUUUGUGACUACAAAGCAUAUUCGACGAUACAGUCAGUGUGACUUGAGUGAUACAGAAAUCAGUGAAGACGAAGAUGAUGAUGAUGAAUAUAAUAACUAUGAUGAUGCUGCUGAUGAUGACGAGGAUAMCGCUGACACUGCUAAAGGAUCAUGGUGUACAAUAAGCUGAAAGAUUCGCGGGCUCGAAUAACAGCAGCAGGUCAUCGAUAACUAUAAUAGUUUCCUAUGUGAUACUGAUGAAUACUUAUCAUCAAAAUUCAAUCCUCAAGAGGAAAUAUUUUUAAUUUUUUGAGGUAUUUUCCUGCAUCUAACGUCGCCCAAAAUCACUUUUUACUGUGCACARUAUUACUAGAUUUUCUUACAAGAUUCCUUUUAUCACUAUGAAAGGUCCUUAAUACCAAAACUUUUGAUAGUUUAAUUUAUUUUCAAGGAAGUCUUUUUUUCUUAUAUAAGACUAACAUCUUUGAGAGUUGUUUAAAUAGAUUCAAAUUGCUUCUUUCGAAAAAAUUAUAUCAAACUCUWAUGAAACACAACAUUUUUAUUGCCAACGUAGAAAUAWACAAUUUAUACAAGUGUUUUCCUGCUGUUUGAGCUUAAAAACACAAAAAUACUAAACAKUGAUGAUUUUGGAGUUAAAAUAUAUGGACUAUUAGAUCAUGAAAUUAUAAGAACUACUUGUCUUUUGAUCAUUUUUAAUAGUAGACUACAGUCCAUGCAUUUUCACCAGAAAUCGAUGAUUUUCGACUGUUUGAUGGGCUAUGAAGUACAUUUUGCCCAAAAUUGAUAAUUUGAGACUUGAAUUGAAAAAUAAAURUACAAACUUGAUAUAUUGAUACAAUUGGUCCAAUAACACAAAUGUGAGCCAAUCAGAGCUCAUCACUAA